AAUUCGAUUUGAAAACUAGGUGUAAAAUGGCUACGUUUCCCAUAGCUCGUAAACGUUUUAAUUACCAGUGGUUGCCCAAGAUGUUUGAAAUACGCAGCUUGUUGACACAUAGAGCGAACAAUUGCUUUUGGCUGUUAGAUUUGUUGCUGCUUAUUGCAGGAAUCCGAAGUGAACUGACAUCCCACUGGCCCGCAGAGUGCCUAAUUCGUUACUUUGCCAACUGUUUGUUCAUUUGUCAGUAUAUUGCUGGAAUUCUGCGUUUGAUUCACGCACUGGAUCACGAGGAAGAUGGUUCUUUUCUAAUUGUUUGCGAAAUACUCAUAGUGAUAUCGCUCAGCUUUGCAUGCAUGAAAGUGUUUGCGAUAAACUGUCUCAGAGGAUCGCUCCAUACAUUGAGAAAUUUCAUCAUUGGUACCCGCGUUAACUCCGGCGAUGAGAGUUUCGACGAAUUUCAACAACUCAAGUUCUUUCGAUCAGCACGUUUUAUGAUGCUAAUCGUUUUUGGCCUAAUAGCCAGCGAUACGGUACUGUUUAUGAUUCCUAACCGGUACGCGGAUGUGAUCCUAGGAUUGCCACCUCAACUCUACAUGAUUGGAAAACCUGCAUCGUCUGUCGUGAAUUUCUUACUUGUUACUUUUUCGGCCCUCGGAUUCUUUCCGAAAUAUCUUAGUAAUGUGACUUACAUUGGAAUACUGCUCAUCGGAAUGCAUUCAAAGCUUACUAGUUUGGUCCACCGAUACCGGCUCAUGCUGAAUCAUCCUGUUUCAAGUCCUAAUCAAUAUUUUGAGUGGAUGAGCUGCGAAGUCGAAAUGGUUUCGAUUCAACAAUUGGAAUAUUGGAACCAUCUACGCAUCUUGAAGAAUAUAAUCGGAAAAACAUUUUUCUUUGUGCAUUACUUUGCAAUUUUCAGCAUUGGAACGAGUGGCUACGCAAUCCACAAUGUGGGUUUUAAUACACUUUCAGCAAUUUCUCUGGCUAGUACUCUGAUUUUCUUGCUGGAAUACUACUUGUUGUGUCUUUGGAUCGACAAACUUCAGGACGUGGCCGACUCAUUAGGAAGCACAAUAAGCGAAUUGUGCACCAAGAUGCCCUACAGCCGGGAGUACCAUUCGAAGUAUUUUGGACUGAGGGCAUCUCUGAUGAUAACGUGGAUCAACACUCAGCAUGCAUUUUCGAUGGACUGUAUGGGACUGUUUAAGAUAUCUACAUCUUCUUUCACCAGUUUGAUAGACACUGCCUACACGAUGCUGAUGUUUCUGACCAAUGUUUGCAAAACUGAGCAAUGAACAUCUGAGUGUU